AUGAAGUCUGCCAGCUCGACACGGCCCGCCAGCCGCAGCAGCAACAAGAUCACCGUCAUCCAGAUCCUCUCCUAUGUCUUCGACUGGAUCAUCCUUGUCGCUGUAGGCGUCGUCGGCCUCAUCCUGGGCGAUGUCACUCCCAACAAGCGGCCAUUCAGCCUGCAAGAUCCAAACAUUUCCUUCCCGUUCACUCAGAAAGAAACUGUCAACUCGUUCUGGCUCAUGAUGUGCAACUCGGUGUUUCCGGUCAUCAUAAUACUCAUCGUCGCCCUCAUCUUCGUCCCUGGCUCGACAGUGCCUGAGGGUACCCCGAAGAAGCUCGUCUGGAAACGCAAGCUGUGGGAGCUGCACACUGGCUGGCUCGGUCUCGCGCUCUCCCUCAUCUGCGCGUGGAUCAUUACUCAGGGCAUGAAGAACCUUUUUGGCAAGCCCCGUCCUGAUCUCCUCGUCCGAUGCCAAGCCGACAUUGCCAACUGGGCGGAUCAUCUUGCUGGCUACAACAACCCGCCGACCGACGGCUACCAUGGCCAGCUUGUCAAGGCUACCAUCUGCACCAAUUCGGACAAGCACAUCCUCGACGACGGCUUCCGCAGCUAUCCUUCCGGCCACUCGAGCUCUGCCGCUGCCGGCCUGAUCUACCUCUCGCUGUUCCUGGCCAGCAAGUUCGCCCUGACGAUCCCUUUUGUGCUGCCAGAAGCGGCAGCCAGCAAUGCCACGUCCGCCUCGGCUACUGCCUUCCCUUCGCGCAUGCGUGGAGCAAGCAGAGCCAACACAGCCUCGAGCAGCGCAGCUGGAGUCGCACAGGCAGGCGACGAGUUCUCAUAUCCCGACGACCCCAACAUGGCCCAGCAGCUCGAGACGCACCACACCCAAAUCACUGCAGUCCGCCGGCAAGCCGCGGCACCACCGCUGUACCUGCUCGUCGUUGCGGUCCUGCCAUUCUUCACUGCCAUCUUCAUUGCCAGCUCUCGGUGGUUUGACUUCCGCCACCACGGUUUCGAUAUUCUUUUCGGCUUCAUCAUCGGCACAAUCACCGCAUGGUUUGCUUUCCGCUACUACCACCUUCCGCUGCGCUCUGGAGCCGGUUGGGCUUGGGGACCCCGUAGCCAUGACAAGGCAUUCUGGGCCGGUGUAGGAUCGUACACUUAUGCGACAAACAAAAAGGACUGGGACACGCCAGGGGAUGAGGAAGAACGCAUGAUGUCGGCGCAGAGGGGCAACAACAUCGAGCUGACGAACCGGAGUCGCUCGAAGUUGUCGUCAACUGAGAAUACGGACACCUCGUAUAGCCCUCACGCCAUGUGA